GGCAGGGCAGAGAUGGCGGAAGACUGGAAGUCCGGGUAACUAUUUCAAGCGGCCCUGCCACUGGGUUCAAACUCCGUUGUGCUGAAUAAGACAGAGGCGGUUAUCGGGGAAGCUGGCAGCUUUGUACGGGACUCGGUUCCGGCCGGAGGACAUGGAGAUCUCCGCGGAGGGAGAGGAGGAGGAGCGCAGAAGGGAGCACUGGAAGCUGCUGUCCAGCCUGAAGACCACAGUGGAGGGUCUGCUGUCCACCAACAACCCCAACGUGUGGUCACGUUACGGCGGCCUGCAGCGGCUACACAAGGACAUGAACAACAUCCUGAGCCAUGGACUGAAGAAUGAGCAGGUGUACUACAAGCAGAGAGACUACUGGCCGUUUGUGUGGUGUGUUCGCUACAUCAGCCCCCACCUCGCCUCGCACGUCGAACAGUUCAGCCAACUGGAGCCGGUGCUCAGCAGCGGGAUGAAGAGUGCUGGUGAAAGCUAUAAGGCCGAGCGCUGGCUGCUUCACAGCUUACAGGUUCACAUGCUGUCGGCGCAACUCCGACCUUUGCUCCGGCAUCUGGGACAUACGCGUAAAUACUAUAAUGAUGAUGCCUUUCUGCUGAGUGAGCCUCAUGUGACUGCCAUGUUCCAGUGUCUGGAAGCUGUGGAGCAGAAUAACCCCAAACUACUGGCCCAAGUAGACACCGUUGGGCUGUCCCCUCUGAAGGGCCCACCGUGUCUGGGCCUGUUGAAGAGCCAGAGCCUGUGUGUGUUGCCAGGGUCUGGAGGGGCUUGGAGGAGCGCUGACUCAGCUCUCAGAGGAGACUCUCUAAAUCGCAGACUCACCACCUCCAACUGCUCCCUCAGAGAAGCAGUCGCCACCAGCCACAACUCUGGGAACACUAUGGGAGUCAGGUCCCAAAACAGCAACAGCACAAACACUACCUCUCCAGCCAGCAGCGUGGGAGCUCCCUGGGUGUGUGUGUCCAGUCCUGGGGAGAGUGAGCGGGGUGUGACGCCCCCUCCUGGCCCCGUCUCUGUCCCUUGCAUAUCACUCACAGAGUCCCUCUCGCCCACCUCCGUUCAGCCUGAGGCUGGGGACUCUGGUGACGGCGAGUAUGACGACGGUCCGGAGUACCUGGCUAUUGGUAACCUGGGGCAACGCAGUCGGCGUGAUUCUCGAAGCUCCACCCACAGCAGUGACCAGGGCGAGACCCAGCAACAGUCCCUGCAACAGGGUUCCCUGGUUCCACCUCCACCGAGGCGCUCAUCUUUUUCAGAGGGUCAGAGGGUGCCGGGUCGGGGGUCCCAAGGACACACGCGCUCUUUUUCUGACACGGGCAUCAAUCAGAAACUCAGGAACGAAUCGGCAGGGGACGGCUGUAUGAAGGACUACAGCCCUUUCUCACCUCAGCACAGAGAUGCCAGCACCCCCAGUUCCCUCUACAUGGAGUCUCAUGGGUCCCAGUGCAGCAGCAUUUCAGAUGGGAUGUUCAGGAAGCCGUCGGAGGGUCAGAGCCUCAUCAGCUACCUGUCAGAGCAGGACUUUGGCAGCUGUGCUGACCUGGAAAAGGAGAACGCUCAUUUCAGCAUUUCCGAGUCCCUUAUUGCUGCCAUCGAGCUGAUGAAGUACAACCUGCGGCGUCAGGAGGAGGAAGGCGAGGAGGAGGGAGACAGUGACUGUGAGAUUCAGCAGCUCAAACAGAAGAUCCGCCUGCGUAGGCAACAGAUCCGACGCAGCCGUCUGCCGCCCUGCGCAGCCUCCCAGCACAUUUUCCCCUCCACUGACAGCGGUGGCUCCAGGAGGAGCUCCCAGGACUCCUGCCAGGGCCUGUCUGACUCCGGCUCAGCUGAGGAAGUGGAGGAGUGCGAACUACAAGAUGGCUGUGAGGGUCAGUCCCUGCUGGCGGUGUCUCAGAACGGCCUCUCCCUGUCACUCGCCUCCCUCUUCUCAGAUGCAGACAUUAAGCGCAGCGUAAGCUCCAGCGGCAGGUCUUUUCUCAGCUCAGAGUCCAUCUCUCCAUCCUUCCUCCAGUCUAACUCAGCUGAGUCAGUAGCCAUGGGUUUACUCAGGCAGUUUGAGGGCAUGCAGCUUCCUGCAGCCUCUGAGCUCGACUGGCUGGUCCCAGAACACGACGCUCCACAGAAGCUGCUGCCCAUACCUGACUCUUUGCCGAUCUCGCCUGAUGAUGGCGAACACGCCGACAUCUACAAGCUGAGAAUUCGGGUUCGAGGAAACCUAGAGUGGGCGCCGCCCCGACCGCAGAUUAUCUUCAACAUUCAUCCCGCCCCCAAGAGGAAGAUAGUUGUGGCUAAACAAAACUACCGCUGCGCUGGCUGUGGCACCCGCAUUGACCCAGAUUAUAUCAAGCGACUGCGUUACUGUGAAUACCUCGGCCGUUAUUUCUGCCAGUGCUGCCAUGAGAACGCCCAGGCGGUGGUUCCUGGCCGAGUACUGAGGAAGUGGGACUUCAGCAAAUACUAUGUCAGCAACUUUGCCCGGGACCUGCUGAGCAAGAUUGCUGGAGACCCGCUGUUCAACCCCAAUGACAUCAACAGUGGCCUGUACAAGAAGUUUAAAGCUCUGGAAACUGUCAGGGUUUUGAGGGUGCAGCUGUUUCACAUGAAAAAUCUCUUCAAGACCUGUCGCUUUGCUAAAGAGGUGCUGGACCGGUUCGACAGCCUACCAGGUCACCUGACAGAGGACCUUCACCUCUUUUCCCUCAAUGACCUCACCGCUGUGCGCAACGGUGAUCUGGCUCCCCGAAUGAAAGAGCUGCUUAAACUUGGUACCACGCACGCAGCUGGCUGUGUGCUGUGCCAGGCAAAGGGUUUUGUGUGCGAGUUCUGCGGCAACGAAAAAGACAUCAUCUUCCCCUUCCAGCUUAACAAGUGCCAGCGCUGCGAAGAGUGCCAUGCGUGUUACCAUCGCGGCUGCUUCCGGACGGGUAAAGACUGUCCUCGCUGUCAGCGGCUGGCAGAGCGGAGAGAGAGGAUGGCGCGCAAAAACAUGGAGGAACAAGAGGACGAGGGAGGCGGGACCUAGUGCCGGUAACAGAAGAAACUCAGAGACAAAAGGAGACGAGCACAAUGCGACCAUGAUUGUAGUGACUGACCACCUCUCUUUCUGUUCCAAGUCCUCUCAGACCUGGGUGACAAUACCUGCUGCAGACAGAUGUUUUGAUCUCAGUACAUUGCCGGAUGUGCAGGUUUUACUACAUCAGGGCAUCAGUAGUGUUGGUGUCAUGUGAGUCUUUAACUGGAACAUGGCUAAUAUUGAUUUUCACAUGCAUUUAAUGUAAGAUACGCCCCUUUCACACAUGCACUUUACUCUGUGAGUAGCGGUAGUUUUGCGUGUGCCAGCGUCACAUUUGAAUCGGAAACUGAGCAUUUAGCUACUUUUACGGAGAGAUGGUUCCAGGCGCAUAACAAGUAAAGUUGUAGGAUUUGAACAUUUUCGCACUUUGGCGACACCUAGUGGAUGUAAAAAAUAAAGAAGUUAUUCUGGCAAAUCUGUAUUUCUCCAAAAAUAAGCUUUAAAGUAGUUUUUUUGAUUGAUUUUUGAGUUGAGAAUAUUCCCCUCUCCCCCUUUCCCUUGUGACACAGUCUGGAAAAAAUUGACACUUACAGAAUUGUUCUGUAUGAGAAAUUUAACUAUGAGAAAAAACCCUAGCCAUGUUGCAGUAACUUCUUGGCACUUUGUACGUCUGUGGUAAAACUAAUAUAUUUGAGAUUUAAGUCAUUCAGGAAAAUUAGUAUUUACUUAGACUACUGUACCCAGGUUUGAUAUUUGUCCUUCCUACAAUUGCAGCUUCUGGCAACUGCUUCAACUCUGGGGAUUCUUUUUUUUUUUUUUUGGCUACUGGCUUAGCUGAAGUUUGUUUUUGUGGCCAAAAAUGGCAGGACUGACUUUCUUUUUUCUUUUUUUUUUUUUCCCUUUUCUGAUUUGACAGAUUUUCAGUGCAGUUACUGUAUUUGAGCAGCCCUUUCCCUUAAGUUGAGGUUUUUAUUUGAAUUUGAUAACAUAGAAGAUAUUUAACUAAUCCUUUCUUUUCCCUGCUCCUAACUGUCCUGUUUUAAGAUAUUUUAGCCACGCUUAUGUGCCUCUGGGACCAAUGAACUCAGACUGGUGGAGCUAGUGGAGUUGAAUUUAUAGCUGGACUGGACUUCGGAAAGGGGUUUCAGCAUCAGUGUUGCAAAUAUUUUAAAUGAAAUCUGCAAAUUUUCCAUCUUUGUGCUGCUUUGAGUGUGUGUGUGUGUGUGCGUGCGCACAUGUCUACCUGCUGUACAUGCAGCCAUGCACAAAUGGCACCAGCCUAAUCAGCACUUGCCUGUUUUCUAACGUUGUAGUUUUUGGAAUAAUGGAGAGAGUAAAGUUAAUUGCACUGAUCCUGUCUGUUGUUGUUGGAGGGGUGAGCUGGGACGUCACUAUUAGGGGGGGAUUUCUCAUGUUCGUUUCUAAGAACGUGAACCUUCACCGUGAAAUGUUACUGUUUCUUUUAAUGAAGCUCCUGUCACCUGGGUUGCACUACAUUGUGAUUCCAACAUAAAAGAGCCUACGGUUAGUAGAUGAUAGUUAUAACUCUUAAUGUGUAGCGAAAUCAUUAUCAGAAUGCAUUAAUAUCCUCUUGGACUGAUAUUGUCGGAAAAUAAAUUUAGAAAACUUUAGCUAAAUGUUUUGUUUUCUUUCUUUCAUAGACUUUUAAUCAUUUGGUGACUUCUUAGGUUUGGCCACGCUGCUCUAGUACAAACUUUAGAGAUACUUUCCACUCGUUACGGCUGACUUUUAAAAAAACUUGAGGUUGAUUUUAUUUUGUAAAUCUAGGGCUUAUUCUCAAAUGUCUAAUUAGUGGCUCUAUAAUGGGUUACAUUAUACCAGAGUAUAAAUAUAUGACAUUCAGGCCAUAGUUAAUGAUAGAAAGAAUCUUGUGGGAAGGCAAAUAUGCGACCCACUGAUUGAAUCAAACAUUUCAGAAAUUAGAUAAUUUAAGUCCUAUUCAAAUUUUAUGUAUACCGACCUGUUCAUGAAUGAGGCUUCAGAGUAUGUACCAUCCUCAACAGACUUUGCUUUAUGUGUACAGUCCCUCAUGAGAGGAACACACUCUCAUGCGACACUGCUUAAAGCAAUACAUGUGAUAUUUAUGUCCCUGAGCACUGGCAAACAAUAUUCCAGAGAUAAACUGCACCCACGUCUUUUAGUUUUAACCAGGCUGCUUUUUAAACGAAACACUGAGCUCUUUAGUUCGCGGUUCCUGAAUGAAGUGACCGCUCGACUCCACUGAAAACGCCUCCUCAACUCAGCACACUGUCCAUGGACUGCCUUUAACAAGGAGGCGUGCGGAGGUUUAAAGUGCACUACAGAUUAAAGUGUCUAUUAUUAAAAAUGUUAAUUAUUGUUAAUAUGAUUAUUUGUGUUCAUUUGCCUUUGUUCUGUAAUUGUGUUGACAAUAAAAGAAUGGCCAGACUGUU